AUGGGUUAUGAAGUAAAAGGACUACCGACAGAUCUGCCGUACCCCACUCAACACCGCAUUCUACGGGUACUGCAAGAGCGCUUGGAGCGCUCUGCGUUCGAGUCUAUCCAGAAAUGGCACCCCCAACUUGGCCAUGCUAACGGAUGGGAUUGUGCCGAGAAGGUAGAAUUGCACAUGGCGUUCAGAGCGCUGGACCGAAAGCGUCGUACCCAUUCCACAUCUGGGUUGUUGAAAAUUCCAAAGAAGGGGGUUAAUCGGUUACGAGUCGACAUUGAGGGUAUCCGUCAUGCAGCCGUGCACCACCAGCUACAGGAUCACCGUCGUCUUCUACAGCAGCUUCACUCGGCCCGAGAGUUUGCAACCGUAUGGCUGGGCGAUCCGCAGUGUGGGAGGGAGAUUGAGCAGUGCCAAGUGCGGAUUAACCGUCUUUUCAGCAGAUGGAUGGCACGCACCCACCAUCUCCAAGGCAAUAUGGCUGUGCGCAUGGGACGCAACAGGAUACCUGAAGACCGACGUUACCAAUUCCUUCUGCUCGAGGCGACGCGGAGACUCUUGGAGAAAAUCAAUCACGAUUGUGUUGAGCAAGUGGACUACAUCCCACAACUGAGCUUUCCGUCAUUGUAUACAAAGACGUGA